UCGAGGCAGUCUAAGUUGCGAAUUUGCUAAUUAUUAAACGCUUUUUCUUUUAUUCUUAUUCUUUACAUUCAUUCUUCUUUCAUAUGCUCUUUGCUUUAGGGAUGAUUGACGUUUGGCAGUUGACAGCAAUUGUCAUAAUAACAAACCAUAAUUGGCGGCAACGGCAGCCUGAAGACUUCAACCUGAAUUAUUUAGUUUAGGACUACAGAUUUAAACAUUACUUUAAUUGCUAGCUACGUAACAUAAAAUUUAACUGUGUUUUAAAUAGGUUACUCAUUAAAUUCAACAUUUUGUAAAAAAGUGUUAAAGAAAAUAUGAUAAUAUAAAUAUGACUGAACAAGUAUUGUUUUAUAAUUCGAUUAAAGACGAUAUGAUCGAGAAACUUGUGAACACGGCGUCACCUGAUGGCUCAGCAGACGAUACGAUAGAUAGCUUCAAAGGCGAUGCUGACAAUUUGGAGUCUGAAGACGAACUUGACGUACCUAUGUUAAGAUCUAAAAAACGUGUUCAUCACUUUUCUGACAGCAGCAAUGAGUCUGAUGAUCUUAAAAAAAAUCAAGAUAAUGUAAAGGUUUGUGACUCUGAAGAUAUCAGUACACUAAAAAUUGGGAGUAAACACAAGUCAAGAAUUAGGACUUUGUCCAGUAGUGACGAUGACUUAAAUGAAACUGCCGAAAAAACAAUUGAAAAAUACGAUUUAAGUAGAGUUAAAAACAAAAAGAAUAAGUUGAGAGAGAAAUUUCGAAAUUUAGUGUCCAAACAAGACCAAGAAUUAAUUAGCAAACAGAUUAACAAUGAAAAUUCUGACCAUUCAGAUAAAAAACAAGUUUCGUGCCACAACAUCGAACAGAUACUUAAAGAUAAACAUAUGAUGAAAAUGUCAGCUAUUUGUGAUCCUGACUCCUCAAGUGAUGAAGAUGGUUCUAGCAAACAAAAAAAGACAUCAAGUAUGAAGUCUACUAGAUUAACAUCACCUAAACCUAUAAAGAUAUCAGCUAAGCAAGCUAUGGAAAAUAAACAGAAGAUUAAAAGUGAAUCUAACCGCAUGUUAAGAGAAAAGGAAGUUUCACUUCCAUACCAUAGACCAAAAGCUUUAUCACUCAAAGAUAUUAUGAGUAGACAGAGACCAGCUUUAGCACCGGAUGGGAAGGUUCUGUCUGUAAAAAUGACACCUGAACAAUUGGAACAAUAUGCUUUACAGUUAGAGCAAAGACAGAAAGAAAUGAUGGAGCUAUGUAAGAGUGAUACAGAAGAAGAAGAUGAUGUAGAAAAGAAAGAGGCUGAGACUGAGAAGAUUGAUGAGCUACCAAAUGUUCAAACAGAAAUAGAGAAAGAGACACCAGUUGAUAGUAAAAUAGAUAUAGAUGAACCAAUAAAAAUAGUUGCAGAAGAAAAUGUAAGUGAUAAUAAAAUGGAUAUUAGUGAAGAUUUACACCCAAUAGAGUUUACAACAAAUGCAGAAAAUACUGAUAUUAAUAAAGACUCAAUUGACAAUGAGUCAAUGACUAAAAGUUCUGAAAAUAUAAAUGAAAUAGAAUCUAUUGAAGAUAACAAAGUAGUAUUAGAUGAAGGAUAUGAAAAAGAUUGUACUGAUCAUGACAUAAACAAAGCUCGUUCAAAUAAUGGUGAAAAAGAUGACAGCCAAAAUAUGGAAUUACAUUACGAUUCAGAGAAAAUUGAUUGUUUAAAUUUGGAUAAUGACAACGAAAAUCAUAAUAAUGAAAAUAGCAAUAUUGACAACCAAACAAAUUCAGAAUUAAUUGAUGCAGAUAACAUUGAGAGUGAAUUUUUUGAAAAUGACUUUGAUUUUGAUAAAAUAGAUGCUAUGAUUCAAAAUAUUCCAGAUAAAGGCGACAACAGUAAUCACACACCUGAAAUUUCUUUAUAUACAAAACCUAAGUUAACUGGUGCUCCUGGAAUGGUUAUUGAUUUAGAAGACAAUUCUGUAACUGUAAAUAAACUUUCUGGUGUUGAACAAUUGAAAGAAAGGUUCAAAUAUUUUGCAAGACUAAAAUCAUUAGAAGAACAAGAAAAGGAUAGAGAGAAAAAAUAUAAGCCCGGUGUUCAACUUUUAAAAUUAAAACAAGAACUAGAAGAGCAAAUAGCGGAACAACGAUCUUUAGAAUGGGCUAAAAGACUGGAACAAGAAAAACAACAACAAUUAGAAUUGGAUGCAAUUCGCGGCGAUGAUGCUGAAUUGGAUGAUAUUGAAAAAGUCGAAGCUAAAUUGGAACAACUAAAUAACAGUCAUAUUAGUAAUAAAGAAAGUUCAGAAGAUGAAAGUGAAGAGGAGAUCUGUGAAGAUGAUUGUUUAAUUGAAGAUAAACCGAGGAAGAAAAACCCGAUGAUUGAUGAAGAAGCAGAGGAAUCAGAUGUUGAAGAUGCACAUUCAGAUGCAGAAGAUCAAAUUAAUGAAAUAGGUGAUUGCAGUGACGGUGAUGCAAGUGAUGAAGAUUCCAGCGAAGAUGACUCAUCUGAAUCAGAAGAUGAUGAAGGAAAUAGUAAACCAAAGAAGGGUAGGAUUUUAAAAGCAUUUGAAGAUUCUGAUGAUGAAGUCGAGAUAAAAGAUAGUGAUCAGUGCUCUGACAAAUGUGAUACAUCUGAUGUAAAUAAAGUUUCUGAAGAUUUAAAUAUUAGCUCAACUCAAGAUGAUGAAUUACAAUUAGCGCAAGUAUCCAAAUCAUCAUCUGAAGAAAUAAUAUCUCAAGAUCCUGUGACACAGAUAAAUAAUAUUAAAAAAGGAAUCGACUGUGACUCAAACUUGGGCAGUCAAUCAUUUUCUAUUGGAAAUACCGGAAGUGAUACAAAAUGUCUUGACGAUUUAAUAGCUAAAGAAAUAAACAUAGCGGACAGAGAUGUCUAUAUGGAUGAUAAUUUAUAUACAACAAAUGCAUCUCAAAACAUUGAUUCACAAGAAUUGAUUACUCCAACACAGUCUCAAGAAAUUGGUGAUGAUAUUUUAGCUUUGUGUACUGGAAAAUUUUAUGACAACCCAUUUGUGUCACAGAUUGAAGAUAAUAUAAAUGAAGAAAAAACACUUACAGACAAAGAAAUACUUGUUGAUAAUAAUAUGAAUGAAGACAAAGCAUCAAAUGAAGAAGUAAUUAAUGAAAAAGAUUUAAAUACAGAUAAGACUAUACUUCCGGUAAAAGAAGAUGUAAGAAAUAAAGAGAAAGAAAUAUUAUCUUCUAUUCUAGAAGAAUUAGAUAACCCACAGUUUGAAUCUCCGAAGAAAUACAAAUAUUUCGCUAACGAUUCAAGCGCAAAUAAAGAAAAUGUACAGAGUAUAUCCAAUAAAAGUGUUAAGAAAAAGUUAGUUAUUGAUUCAGACGACGAAGUUAACGAUGGUGAUGCUGAAAAGGAGAGUAAAAAGAAAAUUAAAAAACGAAAACUUGAACAAAGAGCAUUACAGUUUUCAGAUGACGAAGAAGAAGUGGAAGAAACAGAAGCACUCGAAUCUGAUGUAGAUAAUAUUGAAUCUGAUAUUGAAGAUGUUGAAAGAAUAGUUGAAUAUGAUUCAGAAGAAAAUGAGGUGGAAGUACAACCUCAGAAAAAGAAGAAGAAAAUAGGUGAUUUCUUCGAGCAAGAAGCAGAGUUGACUUCAGAAGAUGAAUGGAUGGGGUCUGGUGAUGAAGACGAGGCGGGGCUCGACCGCAUGGAGCGCGAGGAGGGUGAUGAUGAUGUUUUCCAUGAAGGAAAGCUCAGAAAAGAACUGGGACAAAUACAUAUGAGGGAUGUACUAGAUCAAGAUAAGAGAGAAGUAAGACUGCUGCAGGAAUUGCUUUUCGAAGACGGAGACUUAGGUGAUGGACACAGACAACGCAAGUUCCGAUGGAAGGAUGCUGAUGACACGGAAGAGACUGGUGCGGGGGGUGACGAGUUCGCUGACACACAGGAAGAGGAGUUUGAGUCUGAGGAGUUAUGGAGGAAGCAGCGCCACGAAAGAGAAAUGUUCUUAAGAAAAAUGAAAGGGGAAGACGAAGAUCUUAACAAUACAGGUUUAAAUAGAAGUGCUCUAAUAAAAGCUAAUCUAAGCUCGAAAGCACAAACUAGCCAAGUCACUGCACCAAAUAAAAAUUUCAAUGAAGACAAAGAGAAAGAAGUUCAGGAAAAGAAGGCGCAUAAAGAUAUCCCAAGUCCAAAGAAACCCUUUGCCAUUUUUCAGCAAAAUUAUCACGGGUCUUUACUGUCUCGGGGUAAAGGCACACUAGCACGGCUUGCAGCGAUAGCGAACCCACUUGCCGGAGACGGUGAGACCACCAAAAUCACCACAUCAACGAAUAGAAGAAACUUCGUGUUCGCUGCACUGUCGCAAGAUGAAGAACCUAAGCCGACAAAGAGAAAAGCUGAUGCUGUCGCAUCUUCACCAGUUUUGAUUAAGAAAUUGAAGGCAGAGGAAAAACAGAAACCAACACGGAGUAGUUUAUUUGACUAUUUGGAUGGAUAAAUUAUUUUAAGUCAUUGAUAGCCUGAAAUCUUUUAUACAAUAUUAACUUAUG